GAGGGAACGGAUUAACAAAGACGACAAAGAAAAAAUAGCACCACAGAACGACGUCGUUUUAAACUAGACUGGCGUUUCCCUUUUCCCUGUGAGAAGAACGAAGAUCAAUUUCGCCGGCGAAAAUUUAGGUUUCCGGCGAUGGAACAACUGAGUGAAGAAGAGAAAAAGGCGCUUCGUGGAAGCAAAUUUGCACCGCUACCUUCUGCACCUUCGUCUUCUCGUCCUCAACCUAGGCUGGCUCAUCCAGGAGGACCUAUGAAGACGAAUAAGGCAGCAGCUUUAGCGAAAUUUCUUGACAGGAAAUUGCAGGACCCUAGCGGCUUGUCAUCUCUUGAUCCUCGUCUCAUUGAACUCGCCGUCAAUAAUGCUAAACAUACUCUUCAAGCCAGUGGGACAUCAAGUAGAGGAAGAAUUGUUCAGCAUGUGGAUUCUUUUGGUGAUUCUGAGGAAUCUGCUGAAGAUGAAGAGGUAAAAAUAUCCGUCCAAAAAAAAGGUAAGAAAAACAGAAAGAGGAAGAAGAUGAAGGAGAAACAGCGCAAGAAAUUGGAGGAGUCUUCCAAUGGAAUGGCCAAAAAACCUAAAAAGAAGCUGAAGCUAUGAUCUGCGUGGGCUUUCAAGCGUGUUGAUGUUGUUAGAUUAUUGGAGCUUUAAGUAGAUAGAUGGCAUGGUAAGAGUCGAUUUUGCAGUUCAGAGUCUAACCACCUCAUUCAACAUUCCAUCUUGGUUUCUCAAAUUGAACUUACAUUUCUUGCUUGGCCAGUUGUGCAAUUAUUUCGUUCUUGUAGCAUUUUACUUUUUGCCAUGAGCUUAUCAUCAAAGUUAUAAGCUUUAAUGACAUUCGUAGUUAAAGGAAGUAUUUUUAUUUUUUUGAUAAGAUUGCUCAAGGUUGUCACUUGGUAGUUUAACCUGGGUGCUUUGAGUCGAAUAGAAAAAGAUGUCUUGCCAACACAUUUGAGAAAGGAAGCGCAAGGAACCUCAGCUGGAUUAUUGUGACGGAUAUCGAUUAGUUCGGUCUUGUUUCGUCUAUUAUCUUUGAUUUUCGAUUUGUAAAUAUACUAAAUUGAUAACCAAACUAGUAAAAUAUUUGUUAUGAAUUUUUGAUUUAAUCGAUAUUUGGUUUUUAAUGGUU